AUGUCGUCAUCAUCCGCCGAGCAGAGAAGCGAUCUCGAAGAGGAACAGGUCGAUCAGGAGAAGCCUCAGCGCAAGACAAAGACCAAGAAGUCCAAGGGCGAGCGACGCAAGCGACGUGCCCGAUUCGACGACUACGAUGACGAGCAGGACAACAACCAGAUGGCCCAGAGCAACUACAACGCUCAGCAACAGCAGAUGCAGCAGCAGCAGCAGCAGAUGCAACAGCAACAGCAGCAACAGCAACAGCAGCAACAGCAACAGCAGGGUGGUGGCGGCGGAAAGAGUGAUGCUCUCAGUCUCCAUCUCGAGCUGAACCUCGAGAUUGAGAUUCAGCUGAAGGCAAGAAUCCAUGGUGAUCUUACCUUGUGUCUGCUCAACUAA